AUGGAAAUUGCAACUGAACACCCCCCGCCCCCCGACCCCGGCCACUUCCAAGAAAGCCGUCUGUGUUCCUCUCCAAACACCGGCCUCCCUGACCUUGCUUGUCCUCGCUCUGCGGUUGAAGCUGGCUGUGAAGUGCAGGGACCAGGUGUCCAGCAGUCGCCUAUGUCGCCUGUCCUUGGCACUGGAGACACGUCUGUACUCGUCCGAGAGGCUAGUGUGGGAUGUGCAGAAACCAGGAGUAGGGUUAAAAGUGAAAGGAGAAGCGAGAAGGGGGAGAGGAGCCCCUGUGGUUCUGAUGACUUUCCAUGUCUGCCUUCCAACCUCGGCCAAACGGGUCUUAACAGUAACUUUUUACCUAAGGUUCCCCAAAUGAGUGGUUGUGUUUUGUGUUUUUUUUUCCCCAGGGUUCGUUAG